AUGGUUGCCCCGAUCUACGACCUCCUCCCCUUCCCGCCUCCUCCCUCACCUCCGACAGGCUUCGCGGGCUGGCUCCGCCGCCGCCUCUCGAAGAAGAGUCUUGCCGAAGACGCCGUGACCGAUCCGGCCCCGCGGCUCUCCCGCACCACCACCGAGCUCUUCGAGCAGCGUCUGAGCUCAUCACGAUCACGAUCACGCUCCCUCUCACCGCACCACCCCCACCCACGCCCAGCUCAAGCCGCAGACCCCAUGCCCCGCCGCACGCCCGCCUUCAUAACCAACCAAUCCCACGCCCAGCCGGCCGUCGUAUCGAUGACCUCCCCCACGACCUCCCACUCCCACACGCGGCACGUCAACUUCCCCGAGCCCACAACAACAGCGUACUUCUCGCCGCCAUCGAUCCUGAGCACCACAAGCUCCUCGUCGUUCCUCGACUCCUCGCUUCCAGACUCGCUGAGCAUCCCGUCCGACGCCGGCGUGGGAGGGGACUCUGUCUCCGGCGGCGGUGGGGACGGCCUCGUGCUGCGGCCGCAGUGGUCCCUAUCGACGGCGGACCUGCACGCAGCUGUGGCCGAGCAGCUCCCGGGAACACACUCAACACCCGCAACACACACAACACCUGCUGCCGCUGCCGCUACCUCUCGCGACUCCGGAUUCGAAGUCCUGCUGCAAUACAACGUUGACGGCAUACAGCCGUUCCUGGUGUUUUUGCUCGGCUUGCCGUUUGUGGGCGUUGCUACGCAGACGGGCUGUGUGGGCGCUAUGAGCCAUGGGAUCAAGAGGGCAGUGGGUGGGGUGAGGAUCGGCGGCGGCGGAAGGGUCGUGAAGAGGGUGCUGCCGAAGGAGCAGCCGGCGGAACCGGUGGCGUGUGAGUAUGCCGUGCAGUAUACCGCUUAUGAUGAGGAUCGGGAGGUGGAGGUGGAGGUGGAAGCGAGUGGAAGUGGGAAGAGGGACAACGGGAAGAGAGUGGAGUAUACCGCUUACGAUGGUGCGGAUCAGGAGAUGGAGGUGAAAGCGAGCGGGAGUGGGAGUGGAAGUGGGAGGAGAGACAAGGGGAAGGGACGGGCGUACUGAGGGCGGGAGUGUGAUGGUCUGGC